GAAGGGAGAGGACUUCCCCUUGGACCGGGUCGUGGUGGUCUCGUCCUGUCCCCGUGCUUUGGGUGAAACGCUGUGCGCCGUCUGCUUCAAAGCAAAGAUCCUAUAGCAAGCUUUGCUUCAAAGAUCUUAUAGCUAUAGCUAAGGAUCUUUGGUCUGCUUAUCUGCGGGAGGGAUGGCUGCGCGUCUGCGGCAGAAUAACAAAUGCACUGUUAUCGGGGGCUCUGGAUUUCUGGGCCAACGACUCGUGACGAAGCUUCUGGAGAAGGGAUACCAUGUUAAUAUUCUGGAUAUCAGAAAGCCAUCUGCGAUUGAAGGAGUUCAGUUUUUCAGUGCAGAUCUGUGCUGUAAGGAGGAUAUACUGCCAGCGGUUCAGGAUGUGAGCAUUGUAUUUCACUGUGCCUCUCCACCACCUUCCAGUGACAACAGAGAACUCUUCUACAAGGUCAAUUACACGGGGACCAAAACCAUAAUUGAAGCCUGUAAAGAAGCUGGUGUUCAGAAACUGGUGCUAACAAGUAGUGCUAGUGUUGUAUUUGAAGGUACAGACCUAAAGAAUGGCUCUGAAGACCUACCGUAUGCUAAAAAACCCAUCGACUACUAUUCACAAACAAAGAUCUUACAGGAAAUGGAAGUUCUCAAUGCCAAUGAUCCAGAUCAGAAUUUCAUGACAAUCGCAAUUCGUCCUCAUGGCAUUUUUGGACCACAAGAUCCACAUUUAGUCCCUGUCCUUGUACAGGCUGCAAGGAGUGGCAAGAUGAAAUUUAUAAUUGGUAACGGUAAGAACCUGGUAGACUUUACCUAUGUUGAUAAUGUUGUACAUGGGUUAAUCCUGGCAGCGGAGAAUCUUCACCGAAAUUCACACAUCUCUGGAAAGGCUUAUCAUAUCACAAAUGAUGAACCGAUUCCCUUCUGGACUUUCUUAACUGAGCUUUUGGUUGGAUUGAAUUAUGAUCGCCCAAAGUAUCACAUACCUUAUCUAUUGGCUUAUUAUUUGGCUGCCUUGCUUACAAUUUUACUAAUGCUGCUGAAACCAUUUUUGACCAUUAAGCCUACAUUCACUCCCAUGCGAGUAGCAUUAGCAGGAACAUUCCACUAUUACAGCUGUGAAAGAGCAAAGAGAGAUCUGGGAUAUAAACCUGUCAUCUGCCUGAGUGAAGGAAUAAAGAAUACAAUUCAAAGUUUCACAUACCUCAAAAGAUUAAAAGAAUGAUAGUUUCAGUCAGUCAAUUAUCUGAUGUACUGCCUGGUUCUCAAUCACGUGGUAAUCAUAAUCAUACUUUAUUAGCCAAGUAUGUUUUGCAACAUAUCGGGAAUUUGAUUGGCCAUACAGUCAUACUAAUAUACAGCAACAGAACACAAAAUACAUUUUAACAUAAACAUCCACCACAGUGACUCCUCAUUCCUCACUGUGAUGGAAGGCAAAAAAAAGUUGAAUCUCUUCCCUUCUUUGUCCUCCAGCGGUCGGGGGCCUCUAACCUUCCGUUGACGGGAUGAUCAUACUCCCAUAGCCAGUCGGGGGUCUCCUUGUUGGGGCGAUCAAGCACCUGCAUCGGGGGGCGAAUGUUGUGCAGUUUUUGGAGCUUCCCGAGACUGUGAGCUCCUUGAUGUUGAAGUCUGUAGGCUGCGGUUAGAGCGCUGAUCCCAGGCAAGGAAUCGGCUCCGAUGGUAAGUCCACUCCCCGCAGCGGGGCUCAAAGUCCGUCCCGAGCAAGGCCUCCAGCCCCACGAUGUUAGGCCGCAGAGCGACCGGAGAUACGACCCGGAAAACAAUCGCAUCUCCGGCACGAUAAGAGAUUAGAAAAAAGUAUCCCCUGACACCCUCCCCCACCCCCCACAUAAAACAAACCAGAGAACAUUCACACAAACUUUUUAAACACACUAAAAAUAACAAAAAAAAAAGACGAAAAGGACAGACAGACUGUAGGAGAGGCUGCCAUUGAAACGCCACCCAAUGGUAAUAUGUGGAUUUGACAUAU